CCCUAAAUCUAAAGCACGGUGUACCUGAUAUAUAAUGAGCUCGUCAUUUUCAUUUCUCCUAGCAGUAAGGAAGUAGAAUUAGAGCUUUCUCGGCGACCGCCCAGGUCACCAUCUGAAGUUGUAAACAUGGCAGAUGGAUCACAGCGUCCAUCAGUAUUUCAAAAGAUACAUGGGCAGUCCUACUUCAUCUCCAGGCUAUCUCCUAACUUGCAUGCCAAGAAUUAUAAUGUGACUGGAGCAUAUGCCAAUGGAGGAAUUCAUGUUGCUUUACAGCCAUCAUGCCAAGACACUGGGUUCGCACAUGUGUCCCCUGUUUCUCCAAUAUUUGUACAAGCUCCAGCAGAGAAGGGUUUUUCUGGUUUUAUAGUGGAUUUCCUCAUGGGAGGAGUUUCUGCAGCUGUCUCCAAGACAGCUGCUGCUCCAAUCGAGCGGGUUAAACUUCUAAUCCAAAAUCAGGAUGAAAUGAUCAAAGCUGGGCGAUUGUCUGAACCAUACAAGGGAAUUACUGACUGUUUUGCCAGGACUAUUAAGGAUGAAGGUGUCCUUUCUCUUUGGAGAGGCAACACUGCUAAUGUUAUCAGAUACUUCCCCACCCAGGCGCUGAACUUUGCCUUCAAGGAUUACUUCAAGAGGAUGUUCAAUUUCAAGAAGGACAGAGAUGGCUACUGGAAAUGGUUUGCAGGGAACUUGGCAUCUGGUGGUGCUGCUGGUGCUUCAUCUCUUCUGUUUGUUUACUCUCUGGAUUAUGCCCGUACGCGUUUGGCUAAUGAUGCUAAGGCUGCUAAAAAGGGUGGUGAGAGGCAGUUUAAUGGUUUAGUAGAUGUCUACAAGAAGACCAUCAAAUCUGAUGGCCUUGCUGGGCUUUAUCGUGGAUUCAACAUCUCAUGUGUUGGAAUUAUUGUUUAUCGUGGACUCUAUUUUGGAAUGUAUGAUUCUCUGAAGCCAGUUGUUUUGGUUGGUGGGUUGCAGGAUAGUUUCUUGGCAAGUUUCUUGCUGGGUUGGGGUAUCACGAUAGGUGCUGGACUGGCAUCUUAUCCAAUUGAUACAGUGCGUAGAAGAAUGAUGAUGACAUCUGGAGAAGCAGUCAAAUACAAGAGCUCUCUGGAUGCUUUCUCUCAGAUCAUCAAGAAUGAAGGUACUAAAUCACUGUUCAAGGGUGCUGGUGCAAACAUUCUGCGUGCUGUUGCAGGUGCUGGUGUGCUUGCUGGUUAUGACAAGCUGCAAGUCAUUGUUCUCGGCAAGAAAUAUGGAUCCGGUGGCGGUGGCUAAUGUUAUUACAUCACAGUGGGAGGUGAUACUGGCAUCUUGAAGUUCGAUUUACGAUUUCAAGUUGGAAUAAUUGCGGAUGGACAUAGUGCUUUUGAAAGUUCCCAGUAUUUAGGGAUUUAAUAUGAAAAAAUUGUUAGUGACGAAAAAAAUCCUACUUGAAUUUUGAGUGUUACAUGUUUUUACUUUUGGUUGUUCUUUUUGGUGAGAAUAAUUAAACAAUGCUCUGUUUGGUCUGUAGUAUGUUACUAGAUUUUUCUUGUCCGUGUAUGUGUUUUGCAUUUGAUCUGGUAGGUAUGUGUCACCUGAAUGAAUUGUAGGAGCAGUGUAUCACAAACAGCUCCUAAUUUCCAUGGUGUUACACUUGCCUAUAAACUUGCAAGAUCGCAGAAGAUAAAGCUGCUUUCGAUUCUUGAUCAAA